AUGGCAGCGACGUCCGUGUACGAGCGCGUGACGCAGCUGCUGCACGACAAGGAGGCUCAGGCGGCGCUCUCGAUCAAGGAGGGCAAUCAUCUCACGGAGCAGCUGGCGACGGCGAUUGAACGCUUGACCGAGAAGAUCCGCGAGGACCCUGACGGGCGGGACAAGUGGACGCAGCACAAGGCGCGCGGCGAGGCCUUGGCCAAGCAGUGGGCAGCCUGCAUGCGCAAGCUGCGACUGGUCAAAGAGCAUGAAGGGCUCGUGGCCAAGGCGCCGGGCGCGACCAAGCUCCAGGAGAAGGCGCCGCAUGUGGCUGUGAACCAGUCGCUCAAGCGCACGCAGCAGAUUCUGCGCCAAGAAAUGGACCGCGCCGGGCACGUCCAAGCGCGCCUUGUCGAGGGCAAGUCGCACCUCAAGCAGUCGAACGACACGUACACGGAGCUCGAAGCCGAACUCUCGCGCACGCGGAAACUCCUCACCGAGCUCCAGCUUCAAGCCAACAAGGACCGCAUCUGGAUCGGUGCUGGCAUCGCGCUGCUCAGCAUCUCUGUCACGAUCAUCGUGGAGGCGCAGGUCGUGGCGCAAGACCUCCAGCUCGACGGGCUCGGCAAAAGCCCGUUUCGGAUACCGAGAAAAGAUCGCGGGGACAUGGAGUCUCCGGGCAGCGACCGCAGCGAAGUGUCUGUCGAAGGACUCAUCGACCGCUUCCGCCACGGUCUGCCUCUGCACGCGCGGUCGCCGCGACGCACGCCCACACGCCGUCCGACGCUCGAUGGCAUCAUCGCCCAAGACAUCCAUGAACUCGACGCGAUCAUCCACCACGGCCGGACAAAGGAAGCGGUCCGUCGGCCAAUGUCGCCGCCAGUAUCGUAUGCACCCAUGCUGCACCGCACGAUUUCAGUUGAGGACGACAUUGCGGCCAUGCUCCUCCUCCAACAGCAACAGUCGACACAGCGCCACGAGCCGGCGCAACCGUCGCCGCCGCCGGCCGCCAACGACAUUCAAGUCUCGGCAUCCACCGCCGACGUCAUUCGCAACACGGGCAUUGCAAUCGACCGAGACAUGGCCCAGGCGCUCGCAUCGUUCCAGCGCUGGGAAGAGAGUCGGGCCGAGGUCGCGCCGUCCGCCGAGGCGCAAGCAGAGGCUACAUUGCCUCUCUCGGCGCUCACGAUCGCGACCGAGCUCGACGCCGCCUUUGAGCUCCUCAACAAGAAAGCCAAAGCGUACCCAAAGCCAGACGCAGCACCCGCCACCAAGGCACCGUCCGCCGAGGCCAACCAAGCGAAGAGUAUUGUUCAAGGCCACGCUGUUGCCUCGGCGCACGAGCUCCACGAGACGCUCGAGCGCUUGGAAAAGGCAGCAGAGACCGCCACAGCGACCUCGCCGCAGCUCGACCACAUUGUCCGAAGCCAAGCGAUGGUCGACGACUACGACUUGCGUGGCAUCCUCGCCCGCAUCAACAUGGUGGCACCGGCGCCGCUGUUUCCGCCAUCGUUUUCGCCGAGCUUGGGGCCCCCACGCGACACGGAGGCGUCGGUCCUCGACGAGUUGCAACGUCUCAAGGCCUUUGCGGCUGCGCAAACGCGCGCUAUCGAGGCAGCGUACGCACCGUUGUCGCCGCCGCCAAAAGGCCGCUCCGACUCGCCGAGCGACAACGAGGGCUACGACAGUCGCAUCGACAUGGACAACAACAACAACAACGAGCAUGACGACGACGACGACGAGAUGCACGCGUACGACGACGACGGCUGCAACUGGGCGAGCUUGGCGCUCCACAGCCGGGCGAUUGUCGAAGAUUUGAGCGUUGCCAUGUACACGCUACGCCACCGGCUCGACUGCGAUGCGAAAGAGCAGCGCGACCGCGACGAGACCGAGCUUCGGGAGAGAGACGCGAAGGCUAAAGCCAAGGCGGCGGCGGAUGCCGCCAAGGCACAAGCCGAGAGCGAUGCCAACGACUUGGUCGCGGCCAAAGAGCGCGUCAUGGGCAUGACGUCCUGUCAGUUGGCGGCGGACGAUGACGACGGCGUGUGUGUUCCUGCCGUCGUUCUCGAUCCGCGCCGAGAUGCAAAGUUGCCACCGGCGCCGCGACCGUGGGACGAGGCGGUGGACGUGCUCCAACGCUUUGAUGCGCUCCUGCCGCCCAACGACGACGACGACAGCGACCGCUUCCGUCGGCCUUGGUCCCCGCCUCCGGGCGACUAUAACGGUCGUCGACGCCAGGAGGCAUUCGAGUCAGACGAUAGGCGCGGUCAUUGGCGUGCCGACGAGCCUGUGGUUCGCGAGAAGGCGCGACAACGGGACUAUAGUGGCCUGAGGUAG